AUGACGGAUGUCUAUGCCGCCAGCGCCCAGUACCUGGUCAUCCGGGGGAUUUGCGACUAUACAGGUUCGCACAGGCCCAAUCUUUGGCAUGCCCACGCCGCAGCUGCCGCCGCAGCAUACGCAAAAGAAGUCCUCUCCUUCAUACCGACGGUGUCUAAGACAAUAAUACCUCUGGCAGUAAACUCGUAUGCUGAGGCCGCGCCUGUUCUUGACGCUUUGCUUCUAACAAGACCGAAGGUUGAUCGGAAGUCCCUCAUUGCAUUGAAAGGGCGCAGAGUUGAUGGCACUUGUGAAUGGCUCAUACAGCACCCCAAUUAUCGAGAGUGGCUGGCGGAUGCAAGUAGCCCACUCCUCUGGAUCUCAGGGGGUCCUGGAAAGGGGAAGACCAUGCUGGCAAUCUAUAUCACGGAGGUGCCAGAGCCAGUGGUAGACGCUGUGGAUAACGUCCUUCUGUAUUACUUCUGUAGUAACCGGGACAAGAAUAGGAACACUGCUUUGACCAUCAUGAGAGGCAUCCUGCACCAAUGGAUCGACCUCCAUCCUCACCUGGCCAAGGAAAUCAAGAGCUCCUUCGAAGCUUCCCAGGUAGUCUGUGUUCUAGACGGCCUGGACGAAUGCGAAAAGGAAUCGCUCAGGCAGCUUCUUGACGCCGUUGUAAAUCACUUGUCUAAGUCUGAGGAGAACGUAACGCCGCAGCUAAAGUUCAUUAUCCUCUCCCGACCUCAGCCGGCCAUUCUAGAGAGCAAACUCGGUGAAUUUCAGCAGAUCCAACUAAAUAUCUCUGACACGGAAAUCUCACAUGAUGUCGAGCGAUACAUCUUCGCUAAAGUUGCUGAAUUGGCAUCCGAGCAGAACCUUUCCAAAGAAAUGAUCGCCCAGGUCCAGCAGGCCUUGCUGGCUGGCGCUGAUGGGACCUUUCUGUGGGUCGGGUUCGUUGUUAAUGAACUUCAGGACAGUGGGAGUUGGGACGAAAUUGAUGAAGUUCUCUGCCAUAUUCCUAAAGGUCUCAUUGGGAUAUACCAGCGGCUCCUCCGGCAGGUCGUCGACAAGGAAGCAUUGGCUCCUCUUCUUCAAUGGGUCGUUCUCGCUGCACGGCCCCUCACACUGGAGGAACUAGCAGUUGCCACAGGAAUCACGGCAGCUAGUACUCAAUUAGCAACAGAAAUAACUGAUAGACGGCUCAAGUCUGGUGGGCUGCUCGUGAAGGUCGAAGGAGUAGUUGUCAACCUGGUUCACGAAUCGGCAAAGGAGUUCUUUCAGAGCGAUCAAGUCAACAUCAAGGGGAUCAACAUGUUCCAUAUGGGCCUAGACACCCACAGGAUCCUCAUGCAGACCUGUUUAGCUCACGUCGAACGUGGAUACGGAAAUUCCAGAAGCAUUCACGAUCCCUUCUUAUCUUAUGCUAGCCGGUAUUGGCCGGUUCAUUUCCAUCACGCCAUCCAUGUGAUUGAUACAACAUCUGAGUUCUCACGGCCAUUCUUCCGAGCCGACUCUCUGAUUCGGGGCGAAUGGUGGAAAGUCUACUGGAAGCGGGAGAAGAAUGGUGGAAGCCCGCCUUUGUUCACACUAUUGCAUCUCGCGGCAUACUUUGGCAAUGUAACCUGGGCGAAACUGUUGAUCAGCAAGCAUGGUCGCCUGAUUUCGCGAAAGGACAACUACGGCCGGACGCCGUUGUCCUGGGCCGUCAACCAAGGCCACCGAGAAAUGGUGGAGCUGCUGCUUGACCACGGUGCGCGUAUCAAUUUCAAAGAUCGAAGCAUGCUGACGGCACUACAUAUCGCGGUUACCGGACAGCAUAGGGAGGUUGUGUCUGUACUGCUGGACCACGGCGCACAUCUUGAGGCUAAGGCGGAGUAUGGUGACACUGACACGCCAUUGAUGCGAGCCAUUUUGGCGAAUUCGAGAGAGAUAACGCAGGAGCUACUUGAGCACGGAGCGUGUGUGGAUAAAAUGCCAGCUACCUUGGGAGUUACUUUGCUGAAUGGACCUUCGGAUCCGAUAGACGAGCGGGUGAAAGAACUGCUUGGGCUCCAGGAGCGGGUCUUCUUCGCGAGAUUCAAGCGUUCGUCGCGGUUUGUCGAUCUGGUCAUGAAGGGGCUGGGCCUUUCCCUCCGUUUCCCUCUCCUCCUCGAGCUGAUGUCCCUCUAUCUCAAGUACGUGGCGUUAAACCGGUGGGACAGUCUGGCUGUACUGCAGGAGCUCGUCCAGGAGAAUAAAACAGAUGAGCUGCGGAAAUGGGCAAAGCUGUACCAUGUGUUCUUCCUGGGGCUGGUAGUCGCCAGGAGCCAAAAGAAGCUGAAGGCGAUGGGCGACCUGUCGACACAGAUCCUGCAGAGAGUUGCACCGAGAGAUCUUCAGGCACUAGUGGCCAUCACUGUUUUCACGGGCAUGGAAACGAAGCUGGCGGCGGUCCGACACGGAUGGAGAGAAGGAGAUGACACCACAGCAGCAGCGUUCUUCCACUUUGGCAUCCGCGAGUUCCUGAGCGACUUCAGUGGUAGCGUUUGUGCUGGAAAUCGGGAAGAGAACCUAUGUCGGACGACGGUACUCGUGACGGGCCACUUCUUCAUGAUUUCCAAGCAGGAACCAGGGCCAAUCGGAUAUUUCUCCCGGGUCGUCGCGGAAUUCUUCGAGGGUUACAUCGGUACCAGCUACGAAGUUGAGCUAUUCGGCGAUGCGAGCCAGGCGUGCGCCAACGAGCUAUCGUUUAUCAGCGAGAACCGUGACUCUACCAGGCUACGUCUUCUCCUGACUAGUAUCUUCCAGUUCGCCCGGCAGGCAACGGAGAAGGGAGAGGAGCGCUUUCUCAACAUCCCCCCAGCAGCAUGCUUAAUUCUGUGCCAGAAGGAUGCCGCCGCUCACGGCUGGUUGGUCGGCGAGGCCAUCCCGGAGGAAAUGGCAGUGUUAAUAACAAAGGAGCCUCCUGGGUCGCUACAGCAGCGGGCGUGCAGGACCUUUGUGGAGUGCCUAAUCAUCGGCAAGCAGUAUGGCUUCGCAUUGCCAAAGGGCGCGCCACGAAAGAGAGUGGACAAGCAUCUGCAGUCCCUGACGGGAGUCGGACAUAUCAUGAAUCGCAUCCUCAAUUCAUGA